CUCCAGCAGCCUGAGAGUCCUUGUGAGAACAGAAAGCUCAACUUUGACAUGUGCUUGGCGCUGCAGCAGGAGGUGAAGCUCGUUAGCCGGUGAGCAGCGAGGAGGGAGGAGAGGAGAGGAGAGGAGCCGGGAGGCAGGGUGACUGGGAACAAGUGGCCACUGUUGUUCAGAACGCUUCAGGAGUUUAUCAUGAGGUUUCCAACAGCCCAUCGGUGCUCGGAUCUGUUUAUGGUUUUGUUUCUGCUGCCCUCUCUCACCUCACAGAACCGGAUUACGGCAGAGACACCGGACCGUCAGAUGCUCUCCUCCUCCGGGCUCGGGGUGAAGGAGCACUCGCAGAUUGUUGCCCAGCACAAUAGACUGCGCAGCCGGGUCAAACCCAUGGCGGCUAACAUGCAAAAAAUGGAGUGGAAUGAGAAGUUGGCAGUACUUGCAAAGGAGAGAGCUGCAUUGUGUCACGCAGAGCCUUCACUUGAACGCUCCUCGUCUUUCAGUCACACCGGCUGGAACACACAUCUUUCUGUUUACGGUGUCACAUCAUUUUCUAACAUCAUUGACUCGUGGUUUGAGGAGGGAAACGAUUUUCUCUACUCGAGCGGGCGAUGCAGAGAAAAUGCCACCUGUCAGCACUAUACACAGCUGGUCUGGGCUACUUCAAGUCACUUGGGAUGUGCUAGUCAGCUGUGUCUGAAAGAUGGGGAACUGUGGGAGACAUUUGCCUGCGCGUAUUACCCUGGGGGUAACUGGGAGGUGAAUGGUCAGCUGGUGAUGCCCUAUAAGUCGGGGCUGUACUGUUCACUCUGCACCUCCUCCAUGCCUGGCUGUUUUCGACUGUGGGACCAUGUAGGUGGACUAUGUGAGGUUCCAAAGAAUCCAUGUCGUAUGAGCUGUGGUCAACACGGUCAUCUUAACGUAUCGUCCUGCAAAUGCAAGUGUGACCUUGGCUUCACUGGACGCUUCUGCCAAGUUCGAUGCAGUGUGCAGUGUGUUCACGGUCGUUUCAAAGAAGAAGAAUGCUCCUGCUUGUGUGAUGUUGGCUAUGGUGGUGCUGAAUGUGCAGAGAAGGUGCAGUUUCCCUUCCACCGCUGUGAUGUCAUGAUAGAUGGAAACUGCUUCACGGUGUCUUCAGAAGCUGAAACCUUCUACGGAGCCAAAAGUCACUGUCAGGAACUAGGAGGCUCUUUAGCUCAGAUCCAUAGUCAGAAGGUUCAGGACAUCCUGGCGUUUUAUCUCACUCAGCUGGAGACGAGCAAUGAAGUCACGAACACUGACUUUGAAACACGAAACUUCUGGAUAGGUUUGACUUAUAAGCCUCCGAAAGACUCAUUUCGCUGGGACACAGGAGAGAUCCCAACAUUCAGCAGCUUUGCCUUUGGACAGCCUGACAACCAAGGGUUUGGAAACUGUGUGGAGCUGCAGGCGUUAAGUGCCUUCAACUGGAAUGACCAGCGCUGUAAAACACGGAACCGAUACAUCUGCCAGCAUGGUGCAGAGCAUAUUUCCCAGUGGGACGAUGGCAGCUGACCUGGAUUUUCUCUUCGAGGUGAAAUAGGUGUGCGAUGUGUUACAAUGAGCACUGUUGUGUGUCUGGAUCAGUGUAGUUUAGAUGUACUGUAUAUACUUUACAUGCUUGAAUGUUUUAUGUAAAUGUUUUAUCAUUAAAUGCUUGUAUGCUA